GGUUCCUCUUCCGAUUGCUCGAUUUCUUCGCGCGCCACAUCGGACAUGUCUAAUUUGGAUCGAUUGUUGGAGCACAUCACGCCCCUUGUUCCCGCCCAAUCUUUCCCCAAGACGAACUCGAGGAGAUGGAAAACAAGGGAGGUCGAAUUGCAUCCUUACUUUGUGCUUGGGGACUUGUGGGAUUCUUUUAAGGAAUGGAGUGCUUAUGGGGCAGGUGUUCCUAUAGUGUUGAAUGGGAGUGAAUCUGUGACGCAGUAUUAUAACGUCUCCUUGUCUGCCAUUCAGCUGUAUAUCGAUCCCUCAAAACCGUCCACGCGGCUAAGGAAACCCAGUCAAGAAAGUGACUCUGAAUCAGCUAGAGAGACAAGCAGUGAUAGCAGCAGUGGCUAUUGUCAUGAAAGAGGAGCUAAGAAUGUUCAUGGGAGCCGGAAUCAUCUUAAUGUUUUGGAUGCAAGUAAUCAUGCUUUGGAAAGGGUCUCACAAGGUAAACCUUUCAUGGGUUCAUCAAGUGAUGAGACCGAGAGCUGCAACCCUCCUGGUCAGCUUAUAUUCGAAUACUUUGAGCAUGAGACACCUUAUAAUCGUGAGCCAUUGGCAAAUAAGAUUUCUGAUCUUGAACGUCAAUUUCCAGAGUUGAAAACAUACUGGAGCUGUGAUCUUUCCCCUGCAAGUUGGGUUUCAUUUGCUUGGUACCCAAUAUAUAGAAUACCUACUGGUCCAACAUUACAGAGCCUGAGUGCCUGCUUCCUGAGCUUCCAUUCCCUGUCAACAGCUUUGCAAAGUUCAAAUACUGAUGGGCUAAAUAAUCAUUAUUCAAGAGGCAGGGAAAUAUCCAAGCUAUCGUUACCGAUCUUUGGGCUUGCCUGCCACAAGUUCAAAGUUUCUGUCUGGGAUCCUGAUGGGGUUUCUGAAUGUCAGAAAGCGAAUUCGCUGUCGCGAGCUGCUGAAAACUGGCUUAGGCUAUUGCGAGUAAAUCAUCCUGAUUACAAUUACUUCAUGUCUCAUUAUACACAUUUGAGAUGACCGGAGAUUCUCUAAACAGAAGCAGCCCAACUUCCGAAUACCACCAGUUUAUGUAAUCCCUGCCCAGUAUAUUUGUGUUGUCCAUUAAAUUAACAGUUAUUUUUCCAUAUGCUCAUAAACGCUGUGUUUUCCUAAAUAGAACAGCAGGGUCGCUGCUUGACUGCUUCAGUAAGGGGGAGAAUAGGUAUCGAAAACUAUACACCUUUCAUAUUGAAGGGCUUGCUUCUGAUUUUACAGGAUGCAAAAAUAACAUUAUUAACAAAGUCUUUCAACUUUUUAUAUGUCA